GGAUUUCUGGUCUGAAGCAGAGGGUGACCCAAGCUGCUGUGUCUCUGAAUCCAUCAUGGAACAGAUCAAUGGAUCUCUUCAGAUGGAGCAUGCACUGCUGUUCACCUUCCUGGAUGCAUCCUCUGACUGUCAGUUCAAAGACCAGCUGCAUUCCCUGCACAGCCCACAGAUCAUGUCGUGCCAAGCAAGCGAUGAUGACGAGCUUCAGACCGAUGGCAAUCGGAGUGGCCACUUCCAGAAUGGUGAGCUAGAGUUGCCUCCAACAAAUGAAGAAGUUAUCCGGAUCAUUGCUGCUCAGCUCGCUGAGAUUGGAGACCAGUUUGAUAAAGAAAUCCAAGCAAGAGUAGUAAGGGACCUAGUGCAGCACUUUGUGAAUGAGAGACUGUCUAGAGAGGAGAUAACCCUGCACCUGUCCAGGGCAGUGAAUAAGCUUUUAACAUCCAUCCCCUCAGACAUGGCACAGGAGAAGGCCAUGUUGGUGCUAGCAAUGGUCUUAACUAAGAAAAUUGUGAACACAAUGCCCUCCCUUCUACGUCGUGUCUAUGAUGCCACUGUGAACUACAUGAACCAGCAGUUCCACGACUACAUUGUUGAAAUGCUGGGUGAGUGAGCUCCCCAGCCCUGUGUGGAGCUUGUGGACUCCUGAAGACUUCCCUUGAUGGAUGAAGAUGACUUGAUUUACUCUUACCUUCUGAGAUAGAGCUGUGAAAGGGAUGGUGGAGCUUCAUAGAUAGGCUUUUGUAGACUAGCACAGCAGUAAUAGUAGUGUGAGCUGCCUGCCAGCUCUGCCAGUACCUGUAGGGAGUAGUGCUUGCCUCUCUCCUUUUACAAAUUUUUUUAUUUUAGCAGCAGCCACCUUUGUGCCUCCACAGGCCCAGUGGGCACAGGGCCUACCCUCUGUGGGUUUUUUUUAAUGCCACUGUAACAUUCCGGUUUAGUUAUUCACUUCCCAGCCCUGCUCCUGCAGCUGAGCCAUGCUGAAUGUUUUUCCCAGAAGGCAUCAGCCUAUGGAAUGGGUGGUUCAUCAGCAGAAUAAUCAGGGGUGGGUGGGAAUCAGGUCUAGAUGAGAAGCUGGCAAGAGGGAACAGAGGCCUCAGUGAUAGAGGGGGUUGUGGCCAGACAUGAAAAUAAUUCAGUAUCAAUCACCACACACUCGAGUUUGCUUGAAAAGUAAAACUGAGGGAAAAACUGUAAAGAAAAGGACAGGGUAGGCACAAGGCAAGUCUUUUGGGAAUGCAACCUGGAUAUACUUAAGAAAAAGUAGCAUUAUCUUUAGUUACAUCUCAGGUGGAACAAACUUGGUCUCAGGUUGUUUGAUAUAUAAUCACACAAGGUGGCACACGUGUCACCCGUGAUCCAGCUCCCUCAGGACUUUUAUUAGUAUGUAAAUAUUUUGUGGGGUUUUUUAACUUAAAUAAAAAUUUCAUUUCUGAUAGCUACUACUUUCAGUUUCUACCUGACAAUUUUUUGUGCAAGUAC